UGACCUUCAGCUCAUCCAAUGACAUCAUUUCUUCCUCCUUCUGUUGCAACAUUGUUGAUCUGCUGUGUUCUCAGUUUAACUUUGGGACAGCUCCUGCGUCUCCUGUCCUUUAGGAAGGUUAACAGAUAACAGACGACUGAUUACAGAACCACUCCAACUGUCACAUGCCAAUGUGCCGCUGGGCAAGGCAUUUAACCCCAGGUAGACUGAGAUCUGAGUUGCAUGUGAAUGUGUUUCACAUGGUGCAACUCCAGGUCCAGUGGAAGACGAACACAUCGGCAUUUCUUUGCUCUCCUGCAGACAACGGUGGACACAGAAGAUAUCGUCUGAUUUUUAAGUGAAUCUCUUGGUGGAAACGAGUUCACUGCUGAAACGGUCCGAAAGGAUCUUUAAUGAGGUCUGAUUAUUUCGACAUACUGAGUGUCAUCAGGACACGGUCUAAAGUCUGAAGACAGAAGUGGGCAGGUCUGUGGAUUCUAUUCAGACAUGUCUUCUGGCAGCAGCCGGCGGUCUGAGGAUCAGUUUCUGUGCUCCAUCUGUCUGGAUGUGUUCACUGAUCCAGUCAGCACACCAUGUGGACACAACUUCUGCAAGACCUGCAUCACUCAGGACUGGGACGGAAAUGUUCCCUACAAAUGUCCUCUGUGUAAUGAACAUUUCACCUGCAGACCUCAGCUCAGAGUCAACACCUUCAUCAAAGAGAUGGUUGAUCAGUUCAGACGUGAAGCUCAGCAGGAAGCCAGCAGCAGCUCAGAGCAACAAGCUGCCAAGCCAGGAGAAGUUCCCUGUGACGUCUGCACUGGACCCAAACUGAAGGCCCUGAAGUCCUGCAUGGUGUGUCUGACCUCCUACUGCCAGACUCACCUGGAGCCUCACCUGACCGCUCCACGUCUGAAGACUCAUCAGCUGAUGGAGCCGGUGGAGAACCUGGAGGACAGGAUGUGUCUGCAGCACGAUAAACCUCUGGAGCUGUUCUGUAGGAACGACCAGACAUGCGUCUGCUUGGUCUGUCCUGUUUUAGACCACAAGAACCACGAGCUGGUUCCUCUGAGAGAAGAAUCUGAAGGAAAGAAGGCAGAGCUGAGGAAGAUGGAGGCUGAAGUUCAGGAGAUGAUCCAGGAGAGACGACUGAAGAUCCAGGAGAUCAGAGAGUCGGUGAAGAUCAGUAAAGAUGCUGCAAACAGAGAGAAAGCAGAAGGUGUUCAGGUCUUCACGGCUCUGAUAGAGUCUGCUGAGAGAGGCCUGAAGGAGCUCCUCAAGGAGAUCCAAGACAAACAGGAAACUACAGAGAAACAGGCUGAAGACUUCAUCAGAGAUCUGGAACAGGAGAUCUCUGAGCUGAAGAAGAGGAGCUCUGAGGUCAAGCAGCUCUCACAGGAUGAAGAUCACCUCCACCUCCUCCAAAGCUUCUCCUCCCUGAAAGAUGCUCCACCCACCAAGACCUGGACAGAGGUCAGAGUUCAUCCACCAUCACAUGAGAGGACUGUAGUGAGAGCUGUGGCUCAUCUGGAGGAGACGAUCAGGGAAAAGAAGAUGAAGAAGCUCCUAGAGGUUGAGCUCAAGAGUGUCCAGCAGUUUGCAGUGGCUGUGACUCUGGAUCCUGAUACGGCUCAUCUUGAUCUCAUCCUGUCUGAUGAUGGAAAACAAGUGAGAGAUGGAGAUAUGAGGAAAAAUCUUCCAGACAAUCCAGAGAGAUUUUCUAAGUGUGUUUUUGUUUUAGCAGAGCAGAGUUUCUCUUCAGGCAGAUUUUACUUUGAGGUUCAAGUUAAAGGAAAGACUGACUGGACUUUAGGAGUGGUUAGAGAAUCUGUUGACAGGAAAGGAAACAUCACUCUGUGUCCUCAGAACGGUUUCUGGACUGUUGGGUUGAGAAAUGGAAAUUCUUACAAAGCUGCUGCUGGACCUUCAGUCUGGCUCUUUCUCCAUCCUGGUCCUCAGAAGGUGGGGGUGUUUGUGGAUUAUGAGGAGGGUCUGGUCUCCUUCUAUGAUGUAGAUGCUGCUGCAAUGAUCUACUCCUUUACUGGCUGCUGCUUCAAGGAGAAACUCUACCCAUUGUUCAGUCCUGGCCUUAGUGAUGAAGGUAAAAACUGUUCUCCUCUGAUCAUCUGUCCUGUUUAUCACACUAGUUGUUGCUCUGAUGAAGCUCCAUGAAGAAUGAAUCUGUAGGUGAAGCCCUUCUGGUGCAGAGGUGAGCUUUGUCCACCUGCAAUAUGCUGUAAAGGCCAUCAGAAAGUGAACACGUUUCCCUGGGUAAAGUGUGGGCAGUCCUUGGAAGGUAAGGGGCAUGGUCAAGACUCUGCAUCAUGGUAAUCUCUUAAGUGCUUUAACACCAAAUAUUGGUCAGGAAAAUGGGUGAUUUGCCUAAAAUCACCCAUUUUGACCGUUUGUGCAAAACUAAAGCUGCAUGAAAAGGUCACUGUUGAGAUCUGAUCCAACAGCCUACCAGGUGGGAGCAAAGGCAGUUAAACCAGUCGGCCACUAAAGCUGACCAAGGUUCACAUAGUCCAUACAUAUCAGGGGUCAGGGUCAAUGACUUCCAUUGGUUCCUCUUAGGGGGAACUUGUGCAAUGUGUACCUAGACUAUGAGCGCCCUUCCCUGGAAAGCUGGGGAAGUAGAUCUCUGCCAUGUAUGCAGAACAUACCAACCGUGGGAAGAUGGCAGAUAUCUGUGCUUUGGCACAGUACCAGGUACCAACAGGGAAGUCAAGCAACAAGUUUUGUGCAGGUGCCCUAAAGGUUUCAAAGUUUGAAAUGUGACUUCCUCUAUCCCACACCCUGUCAUGAUAACAGGUCCCACAGACCCACAGACGGCUCAUUUCUUCCAUGCCCCCAGACCCACGUCUGAUGCAACCUGGCACAGGUAAGACUCUGUCUUAAAGCGAAGGCUCAGACAAUCGCAACGAGCUCACAGACAUGGCAGAGAGUACGGCCUGUCUUCUCCUGGAUGGAAGAAGGAACCAUUCAUCCAGAGCAGGGGGGCCCAAAGUGGGUCCUGGAGGCCCGGCAUCCUGCAUGUUUUAGUCUCUCCCUGGUACCAACAACCUUCUCAGCAGGUCAAUGUUCUUCUUAGAUCUCUAACGAGCCGUCGUUGAAUCCAGGUGCGUUAAACCAGGGAGAGACUAAAACAUGCAGGAUGCCGGCCCUCAGGGACCCACUUUGGGCCCCUGAUCCAGAGUGUUGACCUGCCCUUUAUGCACCUCGUCACCCCUCAAAGGGCCUGGUAGGGAGCAAAGUGUCUGCCGAUACUUUACUGUUAAUUUCAGUGAAAAAUAACUGGAUACAUCAGUGAUGAAGUAUGAAAAUAAAAACCUGGUCUGGAGAAAAUGUUAUUUAUUUAUCUUUGCUGUUAAACAUUUUCUAUCUGUAAUUAGAACAUUUCUGCCUGGCCUGUGUUUUUCUUUUUCAUUUUCAUGUGACUGUGUUAAUGUAACGACAGGAAAAUUAAAUAAACUGUACAAAGAAAUCUUGUCUACUUGUAUUUCGAAUUUGACAAAAAUGGCACAAAAUCCAAGUUUUCUGGAAAUGUUUUUGUGGUGAUGCUCAGAUGAUGGCGGCUUUGGAGAAAACCAGUUUACAGACAGAGGUUCUGCCUGAUCUUCUGGCAGCUCUGGCUUCUUCCAGGGAUCAGUGGACACAAAAAUGCAUUUACAUCAAAAUGGCCCCAGUUUGUUUCCUGAGAAGUGAAAAUGAAUGAUUAAAAUUACAUGAAAAGUAGUAAGUUAAUGCAAACCUACCGACCGGGCGUGCCGUGGUGGCGGAGGGAUUAGCGCGACCCACAUUCAGAGGCAACGUGGCUUCGACGUGGCUGUCGC